UGGCGAAGUGGCAAGAUGGCUGCAGCAGCGGCUUGGAUGCAUGGUCCCUCCAAUAUGCGGUUAACCGAGGGUCUGGUGUCUGUUCUGAAAGAGCAGCGGCCCGAAUAUUUACCUGCACUUUUAGCGAAUUACCGGGAGCAUGGAGUGGUUUCGACUCAGGUAAAAUUAGUCAGCUAUUCUUGGCGCUCCAGUCCGUAGCAUCUGUCUCGAUGCAAUGGACUCGUGUUAGUCUUUGUUUUCCUGUUUACUGUUGUGUCAUAGCUAUAUAACUUGCUACAUAGCUAACUCUAAUGAAGUUUUGCUUCUAAAGUUUGUAUAGUAGGGUUGAUCGCCUGGUUGCUGUCACUUACUUCUCGCUUGGCUUCUAACCCCCAGAGUUCGGGAGCAGUCGGUUGUCUCGUGGGACUCAGCAAUGCCAAACUCGGCAACAGCAAAACCAGGUUUGAGGGCCUGUGUCUGCUGUCAGUGUUGGUCAAGGAUAGUUCUAGUGAUGUGUUCCAGCAACACUGUCUGGCCUGGCUAAGGUCCCUACAGCAGGUCAUACAGGUAAGACACACGUAUGGACUGGAAACACCUGUAGACUUUUACCAUAAACACACCUAUGGCAAACAUCGGGUGUAUUCAUUACGUCUUGCAAAGGUAAUCGUUUACCGUUUCAGAACUAAACGGAUGCAAACGGAACGAAACGAGGACCUACCUGAAUAUGUCCAAUUAAAAACUAAACGUUUUGCAGCAGACAAAAUAUUUUGCUACAGAAUCGGCGUAAUGAGUACACCCCUCGAUUAAGAUAUGCAGGUACUGUAGCUAGUAACUACAUCGGUCCAAAACAUUAACAAUGAGACAAAUCAAACCGACACCUGCACAUCACAAUGAAAUAAAACCGCUCUUUCUCAUCUGAAAUCAUAGGGACGUCUGAAAGUGCGGGGGUAUUGAUUAGUAGCAGACCGUAUCAAAACGUUUUGCAACGGAAAACUGUUUACUCCAAAUGUAAAAACACUUUUUUUUCAAUGAAAACAAGUGUUUCUAUUGGACAAAUUCCGGUAGGUUUCGUUCCGUUUGCUUCUGUUUGGUUCCUAGAGUAAACGUUUUCCGUUGCAAAAUGUUUUGCAACAACCCAAAUGUUUUGUACAUUUACAUUUUUUACAUUUUAGUCAUUUAGCAGACGCUCUUAUCCAGAGCGACUUACAGUUAGUGAAUACAUUUUUUUUUUUUUUUUUUUUUUUUUUUUUUUUUUUUUUUUUUUUUUUUUUUUUUUUUAAAUUACACUGGCCCCCCGUGGGAAUCGAACCCACAACCCUGGCGUUGCAAACGCCAUGCUCUAUCAACUGAGCUACAUCCCUGCCGGCCAUUCCCUCCCCUACCCUGGACGACGCUGGGCCAAUUGUGCGCCGCCCAUGAGUCUCCCGGUCGCGGCCGGCUGCGACAGAGCCUGGAUUCGAACCAGGAUCUCUAGUAGCACAGUUAGCACUGCGAUGCAGUGCCUUAGACCACUGCGCCACUCAGUUACGGUGGCGCAGUGGGCCCACUGCUACGGUCUUUGAGGGCCCACUGCUACGGUCUUUGACUAAUGAAUACACCCCUGAGCUAAAUGUAUUCAAUUUCACCAUUUUCGUUCUCUUCUCUCUCCCCCAGUCCCAGGCCCCUCUCCCGUCCAUCCAGCUAGCGGUGGGUGUUCUCCAGGACCUGCUCCAGUAUUCCUCCCAGCUACCUGAGCUGGCCAGGGAGGUGGGCCUCAACUCUAUCUUGGGGAUCCUCACCUCCCUGCUAGGCCUCAAGUCUGAGGUAAGACUAACGCUUAAAUUGGGCCGGUACACACUGGUACUGAGUUGUGUGGCACCUCACAUUUUCCACAGCUUCAGUACCAGGAGUUCUUAUGGAAUAUUGACUGUAAAAUAUGAUGAGUACCAUCACCCAAAAUGAGUACCUGCGCCUAUUUAAUUCCACUUCAAGCACUGUAAUUGCGUAGGCUGGAGAAUACCAUUUGAAGUAAAUUGUGAUGGUGGCAAAAUCUGCAAGAUUUAUUCUGUGUUAGAGAAGAAUGUUUCAGAUUGUAGGUAGGGCUGUUGCAGUGAUCGUAUUACCGCCACACUGGCAGUCAUGAGUCAUGACCGCAGUCAAAUUCCAUGUGACCGUUGGGUCACGGUAAUCUCCUCUUAUUCAAUCUGGACAUGUUUUGGUAGUAGCCAACUAACCAACGAUCAUCAGGUCGUUAGUGGCCUGGUACUCAGGGCUCUAUUGUCCCUCUAACCACUCUGACAUCAAUGCAAAUGCAAUAGAAAAUCAAAUCAAACAAUUAUCAUCAAAACAGUAUCCUGCUUUUAAAACUCACCCCGCUGUGAUUGAUCAAUUUGAAGAAAGAAGUUCAACAACAGGUUGAAACUGAGUGGAACACGUGAUCGUUCUGGAUGUUGUUUCAAAGCCAAACACAACGAAAUGGACAGCGCUUUCUAAAGUGAUGAUUCAUGUAGAACACUUAUACACAUAUUAGAGCUUACGCUUACGCCUAUAUAGCCCCCGUUAUAUACAAUACAUUGCUUAAUAGCCUACUGCAUAUUACACACACAGAUUUAAGAUAUCUUUGGUACAUAAUUGGUCUAGCCUAUACUCUAAAAUUAAACAAAUUCUAGUAAUAGCCUUUGAGUGUGGACUGUAUUAUUAUGCAUACUGGAUGGACUGGUUACCUUAUGCUACGCUCCAAACGUUCUAUCCAUGAGUCUGGGAGAGAACGUAUAGGAUAGGUGAUGCUGUUGGUUGAUUGUGCAGGGCAGCUUACAGAGAAUUAUAGUUAAUUUUUUAUUUUAUUUUGAUAGCCUAGUAAUAGGGCAUUUUUUUAAUAUUUUCAUAAUUAAUAGGCUGACACAUUACCUUUUAGCUACAGAAUAUCUCACCACUGUGCGUUUCCAUCUCCGCCUCUUUCUCCUUCAUUCCUUUCUCAAGCAUGCAGAGAGAGGGCUGUCAACAGUUUAAUUAAAUAUGUUUACUUGUGAAAACAUGUUACUUUCGAUGUUCCCGAACAGAUUUCACUUGGUUUACCAAAUGAAGCACUGGGUAGCCACAGAAACGUGGUUGGAGAGCCAUGGUAUAUAGAGUUUGGGCGGAAUAUCACCUGUCGUGCAGCGAGAGGCUGAUGUGUGACGUGAAAUAAGUGUUCUUAUAAGCCCAGACAUUUCUAUAUGCAAUCCCAUGUGAAAGCAGAGUUUAGAUGGUUGCCACUAAAAAGAGGAGGAUCCCAGCUGCUACUAUAUUUAGGCAUGUUUUUCAGCUGCUUGCUAUCAAACCAGAGUAGCCAACCCGGCAUGAUUAAACUGCGGGAAAGCGGCCUCCAUUUGCUAUUAGAGUUAACAUGCAUACGGUUGACAUGUAUUUUAUUUAUUUUUUUCCUGCCCUGUUCCAUAUUAGUAAAGACGCAAUUCAAUUGAGAAUAGUCUGGUGGGUGAAAAUAUGAUCACUUGAUGACAAAAACAGGGUGUGCAGACUGAGGCAAGGAACCGAGCACAAGCUUUUUUUGCGCUCUUUAUUUAAUCAAUAGCCUAUAGUCACAUCAUGCAGCCCAUAUAUGUUUUGAUUUCUAAGACAUUCUAAGGGUUGUAUCAUUCACAACUAAAUUAGCCAAAUAACUCUAAAUCUAGCAUAUAGGAGCUGUUUCAAAUGAUCACUUUUACGCUCAACAUGUCCACUUCAUAUUCGUACUAGCUCCGGAAUGGGAAAAAUAUCCUUUCUAUUUUAUUCAGCUAAGUUCAAUUAUAUUCUUCUUAUUAUAAAAUAAUGGCACGGGACUUAUAAGCAUAUCUUGUCAGCUAAAUGAACAAGCCUACAGCCUAUGGCAUGGAGCAUAGCCAGAUAACAUACAGUAAGUAGGCCAACUCAUAUUCUGUUCUUCUGAAAUACAUUUUCUUCAUAUCAUAAUGAUUUUUUUUUUUAGACCUGCCUAAAAUAAAUAAUGGAUAUAUUGUGGUGGUUUAUAUUACUAGUUUAUUUUGGUGACUUUUUAAAAUGUAAAUGUUCCAAGGACGCGCGGCUUUUAUGCGUGGUGGCCUGGAGAUGCUAUACAUGUUUAUGUUAACGGUCAAUUACCGUGAGUGGCAGUCAUUUCCAUGACCAUAACCGGCUGACAUUCAGGGCGGCAGGUAGCUUAGUGGUUAAGAGCGUUGUACCAGUAACCGAAAGGUCGCUGGUUCUAAUCCCCAAGCCGACUAGGUGAAAAAUCUGUCGAUGUGCCCUUGAGCAAGGCACUUAACCCUAAUUGCUCCUGUAAGUCGCUCUGGAUAAGAGCGUCUGCUAAAUGACCAAUUUAUUUAUAACUGCCACACACCUAAUUGUGGGUACAGGUUGGAAAAUACAUGUGUUUUUUGUCUCUCACAGUUUCACCUAGCUGCCAUGGAGGGGAUGACCGCAUGUAUGACGUUCUACCCCAGAGCCUGUGGCUCCCUGAGGGUAAGUAGUAGACGUCACCCAUUCAUUACAUUUACAAAUAAGAUGCUUGUUUUUUUAUAUUAUGUUUGUUUGGGAGACUCUGUGUUGUAUUUCUGUCUCUGACCAUUUGUGUUCUUAUGAAGAAACUGAGGGGUAUGCUAAAAAGCAGGAUCAAACCAGCUAACUUGCUUAAAUAUUAGGAAAUAACUUUUUUGAAAGAUAAGCUUAUCAUUGGCAUGGUCUAAUUGACUCAACAACCAAAAACACGUAUGGAAGUUUAGCUUUCUACUGAACCAUAAAAUCUGUAGUUAUUUCAGGUUGUUUAUCAAAGUUAUCAGCUAACUCAUUGAUCCUGCUAAGGCCUGAAAUGCGCUGGUUUUAAUAAUUUUUUAUAAAAUAAAUCUAACCAUCUGCCCUACUGCCUCUCAAGACCCGAUGGAGGACUCCAUCUCUACUUAUGGAAUCCCCAUAGUUUCCCGUUUUAAAUAUUUGAGAGUAGUAUAUUUUCUACCUUAGAAUGCUAAAAUCAAUUAAAAUUCGACCUCAGUAGAUGGACUAAUAUCCCAGUUGCUUUAACCAGCCGAAUAUCGAUUGUUAAAAUGAAUAUAUUGCCACGGCUGAAUUUCUGUAGUUCAAUGCUUCCCUAGUCCCUCUUCUGGCUGUUGGGAUAAAAUCCAUAGUGUGGUUUCAAAAUGUAUAUGGCAAGGUAAGCAAGCCCGGAUAAAAUUAACAAACUUGCAAAGAGGGAAAGACAUUGGAGGACUAUCCGUACCAGACUUUAUAUUGUAUUUCCUGGGCCUCUCGAGUGGUGCUGUGGUCUAAGGCACUGCAUCGCAGUGCUAGCAGUGCCACUAGAGAUCCUGGUUCGAGUCCAGGCUCUGUCGCGACCGGGAAACCCAUGGGGCGGCGCACAAUUGGCCCAGUGUCGUUCAGGUUAGGAGAGGGUUUUGCUGGAAGGGAUGUUCUUGUGCCAUCGUGCACUGGCAGGCCGGGCGCAGUGCACGCUGACACGGUCGCCAGGUGUACAGUGUUUCCUCCGACACAUUGGUGCGGCUGGCUUCCGGGUUAAGCGGAAGUAGUGCGGCUCGGCUGGGUUGUGUUUCAGAGGACACACGGCUCUCGACCUUCGCCUCUCCCGAGUCCGUACAGUUGUAGAAAAACAAAACAAAAAACAUCCUAAAUUGGUUUAUACCCUGGCUGAGUAUAAAGAGAAAUGUGGUAUCUCCUAUUGCCCUGGAAGAGGUGGUCUCCACUGAUAUAUCCCUUAAAAAAUUAAUAUUGGAUGUCUCCUCUAGCCCGGAAGAGGUGGUCUCCACUGAUAACCCUUAAACAAUGUAAUAUGGUGUCUCCUAGUGUCCGGAAGAGGUGGUCUCCAAUGAUAUAUCCCUUAAACAUGUAAUAUGGGUGUAUCCUAUUGUCCUGGAAGAGGUGGUCUCCACUGAAGAUCCCUUAAAAACAAUGUAAUAUGGGUCUCCAAGCCCUGUAAGAGGGUGGUUUCUCACACUGAUAAUCCCUUAAAACAAGGUAUAUGGUGUCUCCUUAUGUCCUGGAAGAGGGGGUCUCCACUGAUAUAUCCCUUAACAAUGUAUAUGGUGUCUCCUAUUGCCUGGAAGAGGUGGUCUCCACUGAUAUAUCCCUUAAACAAUGUAAUAUGGUGUCUCCUAUUGUCCUGGAAGAGGUGGUCUCCACUGAUAUAUCCCUUAAACAAUGUAAUAUGGUGUCUCCUAUAGCCCUGGAAGAGGUGGUCUCCACUGAUAUAUCCCUUAAACAAUGUAAUGUGGUAUCUCCUAUUGUCCUGGAAGAGGUGGUCUCCACUGAUAUAUCCCUUAAACAAUGUAAUAUGGUGUCUCCUAUUGUCCUGGAAGAGGUGGUCUCCACUGAUAUAUCCCUUAAACAAUGUAAUAUGGUGUCUCCUAUUGUCCUGGAAGAGGUGGUCUCCACUGAUAUAUCCCUUAAACAAUGUAAUAUGGUGUCUCCUAUUGUCCUGGAAGAGGUGGUCUCCACUGAUAUAUCCCUUAAACAAUGUAAUAUGGUGUCUCCUAUUGUCCUGGAAGAGGUGGUCUCCACUGAUAUAUCCCUUAAACAAUGUAAUAUGGUGUCUCCUAUUGUCCUGGAAGAGGUGGUCUCCACUGAUAUAUCCCUUAAACAAUGUAAUAUGGUAUCUCCUAUUGUCCUGGAAGAGGUGGUCUCCACUGAUAUAUCCCUUAAACAAUGUAAACUUCACUUUGGUCAUGUUAUUGCGCACACGAUUUCUAUUUGGCACAAAAUUGAAAAACAAUGUAACUGAGAAUUCCCCCAAUUGUCCAAAUGUGGAAUCCGUACCCUUACAGAGAUCAUGGACAGUAAUGCUUUGGACCAUGUUGGGGGUGAGGGUACACUUCUUUCUUGUUUUAUUUUCCUGUUUAUACUGAAUUUAUUAUUCAACUAGUUCUUACCCCUUUAUUUUCUUAUUUUGAAUGACAGGUACAUGUUUUAUAAACGUACAAUUUGAAAUGAUUAAUAUACCUGUAAUCCCCCCCCCUACAGAUUUCCACUGCCCUUCCGGUGUUGCGGAAUUUCCUCUUCACUGACAAUUUGUCUUCAACAGGACAAACUGGGUGCCUGUUUCUUAUCCAACAUGGACAGUGUCAGCCCUAAAGUCCAAGAGGUGGCGUGUGAAUGUUAUGGUCGUCUGCCUUGUCUGGGCGGAGUCUUGGAGAGAGGGGGAGGCGGGCGUAGAGCCGAUGGAUGGACCAAUCAGCUUCACUGCCUGCUGGCCUCGGCCAAUGGCAUGCUGGCACAGCUCUACCAGGGUACAGAGUCAGGUAAAGAACACUUCUAUGAACUGAAAUCUUGAAGAACAUGGUGGUCUUAGUUGUACAACCAGUGUGCUGCUCAUCCAUGUUAUAUGUAACUGAUGUGAUUCUCUCCCUCUCUCUCUCUCUCGUCUCUCUAUCUCCUGUGGUCUAGAAGGGAUGGUGCCGUAUGAGGGGCCAGGUAUAGAGCUUCCCUACCCUCCUCUGGACGACACAGACCCCCUUCUCCUCCUCCAGCUCCAACACAGAUACCGAGCUGUCAGCCUGGCGCUCAAACACACCCUCGGGUAGGUGCCUCCGGUACAUACUCUUUUAACACACUCAAACAUACACACUCAGCAUUCAUGUAUACAACACACUAACUUUUAUUUGAACCCAAAAUUCAUUUUCCCAAGUUAAAAACCCCCCAAAACAUGUAUUUUUUGUAAGUGAUGAGUGUUUGACCGUGAUUUGUUUCUCUCAGUGUGGAUCCGGUCUCUGCAGUGCGUUUGCCUAUACAGCAGGUCCUCAACCUGGUCUGUCGCGCCCUGGCUGUCAGCUCCAAGAGCAUAGUGAGUUAACUUCCGGAAUCUACAAGAACUGAAAGACCGUCUAGUUGGUGUAUGACCGCUAAUGGCAUCUUGUGUUUCUCUGUGUGUUUGCCUUCCAGAAUGUAACAGGUGAUGGGUGUGUGCGGCUACUGGUGUUGCCUUCCAUACACAACCAUACUGUAGAGCUUCUGCGUGCUCUCAUCACAGCGUAAGUACCCUACUGAAGGCAACCCGAGUGCUAGCUGGGUCAAAUCUGACAAAAGCUAUAUCCCAUCUAGACAAAACCUGGCUGAAACAAACAAAUGAGUCUUCGGUUGCCUAGGCAACAGCCCCCACAAUGCAGCAGCAGGAUGCAUAUCUGUUUGUGCUCAUGCCAACUCUAUUGCUGUCAUUUUAUAGUCAAACAGUUAAGUUGGCAUGACAACACAAACAGAUCUGGUACUCAGGCUACCCAAGUGCUGGCUUUUAAAAUACAUGUUUUAUUUUUUUGUACCCCUUUUUCUCCCCAAUUUCGUGAUAUCCAAUUGGUAUUUACAGUCUUGUCCCAUCGCUGCAACUCCCGUAUGGACUCGGGAGAGGCGAAGGUCGAGAGCCGUGCGUCAUCCGAAAACACGACCCGGCCGAGCCGCACCAAUGUGUCGGAGGUUAUUGUGUGUGUUUUAUUCAUUAGUGGACUGAUGGAUUUUCUUCUGGCUCCCUGCCUUAUGUAUCUCAGUGUAGGCAGUGGGUUGGUGCAGUACUCCAGUGUGUUACAGAGACUGUUCUCUCAGACUCUGUCUGCCUGGACCCCUCUACCUGAAACCAGUCUGGGACAACAGAGAGCAUUCAGGUAACUUACACACACACACACACGCAUGCAGACACGCACACACACACUUUAAAUCUCUUCAUUUGUUUUCGAUGUGUUUCUCCUUUGACCCAUAGUGCAGUGCGUGUGUCCCUGUACCGAACCUUAGAACUCUGGGUCAAGGUGGGAGGAGCCUCAGCCGGUGUGCUGCAGGGAAGCCCCACCCACUCCGAGAUCCUACUGGCCCACCUGCUGGGUGACAUCACGCCGGGGGCGGACUCUGUCAGGGUGAUGAGAUCUGAUUGGUUUAUUGGCAAGGCGAAAGUUUAGGAUUGUCAUUACUAUGGCUCUGUCUGAAACGGAACCUGUUCUCUAUGUAGUGCACUGCUUUUGGUCAAAACAUUUCACUCACCCUCCACUUAUGUCUAACGCCAACCACCUCUCCUUUUUUCCCUCUCCUUUCUUCUUCUCCCUUCUCCACCCCUCUCAACCUCUCUCCCCUCUCUCACCUCUCCUCCCCCCUCUCAACCUCUCUCUCAACCUCUCUCAACCUCUCUCUCCCCCUCUCAACCUCUCUCUCCACCCCUCUCAACCUCUCCCCCCCUCUCAACCUCUCUCUCCCCCCUCUCAACCUCUCUCUCCCCCCUCUCAACCUCUCUCUCCCCCAUCUCAACCUCUGUCUCAACCUCUCUCUCCACCCCUCUCAACCUCUCUCUCCCCACCCCUCUAACAUCUCUCUCCCCCCCCUCUCAACCUCUCUCUCCCACCCCUCUCAACCUCUCUCCCCCCCCAACUCCCCCUCUCAACUCUCUUCCCUCCACACCUCCCUCUCCUCCCCUCCUCUCUCCCCCUCUCAACCUCUCUCUCCCAUCCCCUCUCAACCUCUCUCUCCCCAUCCCUCUCAACCCUCUCUCCAUCCCUCUCACAACCUCUCUCUCCACCCCUCUCAACCUCUCUCUCCUCUCCAACCUCCCCUCCCCCCUCUCCCCCUCUUCACCUCUCUCUCCCCCCUCACCUCUCUUCCCCUCUCAACCUCUCUCAACCAACCACUCUCAACCUCUCUCCUCUCUCCCCCCUCUCCCUCCCCUCUCAACCUUUCUCUCCCCUCUCAAACCUCUCCCUCCCUUCCUCCACAACCUCUCCCUCCCCUCUCAACCUCUCUCUCCCCCCUCUUCAAACUCUCUCCCUUCCUCCACCCCUCCCCUCUCAACCUCUCUCCCUUUCUCCACCUCUCCACCCCUCUCUCUCCCCCUCUCAACCUCUCUCCCUUCUCCACCCCUCUCUCUCCCGCUCUCAACCUUUCUCCCUUCUCAACCCCUCUCCCUCCCCUCUCAACCUUUCUCUCCCCCUCUCAACCUCUCUCCCUUCUCCAACUCCUCUCCCUCCCGUCUCAACCUCUCUCCCUCUCCACCUCUGUCCUCAGCUCCGUGCGGCCCAGUCGACAGUGGCUGAUCUGGUUUCCAGCAAGCCCUGCCCUAAAAGCCGGAAGCCUGGAUUGGCUAUGGGCAACGGGGGCGGAGCCUCUCUCCAGAGGAAAGGAGACUCGCUGGCCAAUCAGGACACAUGCGUGUCUGCACUCAGAGGUGAGGGGCGGGGUUUAUCUCAUGCGUUUACAUUGGAGACAAAUGUGUAAACUAAACAAAAUAAAUUAUUUUCAUGGUCUUUUUUUUUUUCCUGAGUUAUGUUGCCAGUGAAUGACCAUUCCUUUUCAUAGUGUAUUUUUAGCAUUACAGACAAUCACAGGUGAAUGAUAUCUUGACUAGCUGUGCUGUGGUGAGAGUAAAACAUUCAACUCUCUCUUUCUCUGCAGCACUGAGACAGAUCAUAUUGACCAGUGGAACUCUGCUGAAGGAAGAUGUACACAAGGUCAGUUCAGUGUGUGUGAGAGAUUCUUAUAUAAACCUUCCCCAUAGCGUUUGUUUAUGAUACUGUUUGUGUGUUGAUGCUCUCUCUUUCUCACUCUCUUCCCCCAGCGUCUCCACGAUGUGGUCCUCCCGUUGUGUGUGCGCCUGCAGCAGCAGCAUGGGGGUGGCUGUGGGACCGGGGCGGGGGCUGGGGGUGUUAGUGGUCAAUACGGUAGUGCCCUCCCUCGUAGGGAGCUUUACCGCCUGCUCCUAGCCCUGGUCCUAGUGCCCCCACCUCGAUGGCCCCCGCCCCUCACCUGUACGGUGUCCAUACUCAGCCACGGACGUAGGGAUAGGAGUCUGAAGGUAGGGGGAAUUAUGCAAGCAGGGACCGCACAGGCAUGCAUUAAAAAAAAAUUAAUAAAUAGAACACGCACACACACUGAUAGACACGAAUGCACAGUGCACCCCCACCCCCCCACACACACACACACACACACUGGCUGCAGCCUUAAGGUAUGGAAUGGGCUAAAUGUAUGACUCUCUCUCACACAGGCUCUGUUGAUGUCCUGGUGUUUUGUUUUGGUGGUCUGUGUUUAA